UGUUCGCGGCGUGUACUUUGCCGUUCCGCUUGGAGAGAAAGAGAGAGAGAGAGAGAGAGAGACAGUCUGCGCGAAAAGUUCGCCAACGAGUCGCUGCGGGCUGCCGCCAAAACGGACAUGUUAGCGCCGAGGCCUUGAAGGCGGGACGUUGCUGAAAACGACGUUCGGCGAUCACCUUUCAGCUCCUCGCGCGCGGUAGCAUAGGCCGCCGACCGACAAACAUGGAGGCAGUGAACGCCUUCAACCAGGAGCUCUUCUCAUUGAUGGAGAUGAAGCCUCCAAUUUCUCGUGCAAAGAUGAUUCUCAUCACUAAAGCUGCCAUUAAAGCUAUUAAGCUUUACAAACAUGUAGUCCAAAUUGUAGAGAAGUUCAUUAAAAAGUGUAAGCCUGAAUAUAAAGUUCCUGGACUGUAUGUUAUUGACUCCAUUGUUCGCCAGUCUCGUCAUCAAUUUGGAACAGACAAGGAUGUUUUUGGGCCAAGAUUCUGUAAGAAUAUAACUGCCACAUUCCAGUAUUUAUAUCUCUGUCCAUCAGAAGAUAAGAGUAAGAUAGUCCGUGUCCUCAACUUAUGGCAGAAAAAUGGUGUGUUUAAAAUAGAAAUAAUUCAGCCACUUCUGGACAUGGCAGCAGGAGCUAGCAGUGCAACCUCAGUGACAGAAGAUGCCACCAAUAAUGAAGGUUCACCACAAUCUGCUACAAUUCCAUCUGAGCCACCACAGGUUGGUGCUAAUUCAGUACCUGCUGUGCCACAGCUGCCCAGUUCUGAUGCAUUUGCUGCAGUUGCUCAGUUAUUUCAAACAACACAAGGACAGCAGCUCCAACAGAUUCUCCAGACUUUUCAGCAACCUCCUAAACCUCAGUCUCCAGUAAUAGAUAAUAAUGUAAUGGCUCAGGUUCAAGCUAUCACAGCUCAGCUGCAGACCACGACAACACAACCAUCAGAACAAAAGCAUGAUUUCCAAAUACCAGAACAAAAAACAUCUUUUGAUAAGAAGCUGUUGGAUCGCUUUGACUAUGAUGAUGAACCAGAAGCAGUAGAGGAUACAAAAAAAGAAGAGGCCACACCUUCUCCUUCACUCUCUCAACCAACAUUUGGAUUUCCAGGUGAAGGCUUACAACAACCAGUUUAUCCUCAGCUUCCAAAUAUAGAUCAGUUUCAGCAGAGAAUGCUGGGAAUGCAACAGGAUGCAAUGCUUCACCAGGUCCCCCUCCCUCCAAAUGGACAGAUGCCUAGCUAUGGACUUCUGCCUACACCACAGUUUACUCCUAUAGGUCAACAAGUUAUACAGGCUCCACCUCAGGUGCAGCAGCCUUUUCAGUCUUCUUUUCCAGCACAAAGUGAAUCACAUUUGCAGAAAACACAUCAGCAGGAACUGGAAGUGGAUCAACAUCCAACUCAGGAAGGCAAAAGGCAUGAGAACAGAAAGUCGAGAUCUAGAUCAGCAUCGAGAUCACCCAAGAGAAGAAGAUCACGAUCUGGUUCUCGAACUCGAAGAUCACGCCAUCGUCGUUCUCGUUCUCGAUCACGGGACAAGCGACGUCAUUCUCCUAGGUCACGGUCCCAGGAAAGACGUGAGAGGGAGAGAGAGCGAGAACGCAGAGUAAAAGGCCUUCCUCCAGUCAAACCAGAAACAGUUAGUGUUUGCAGUACAACUCUUUGGGUAGGACAACUGGACAAACGAACAACACAACAGGAUGUAGGAGGUCUCCUAGAAGAGUUUGGUCUAAUUGAAUCUAUAAAUAUGAUCCCUCCAAGAGGAUGUGCUUAUAUUGUAAUGGUACAGAGACAAGAUGCAAACCGUGCCCUUCAGAAACUGAGUCGUGGUAACUUUAAAGUCAAUCAGAAAUCUAUAAAGAUUGCUUGGGCUUUAAAUAAAGGAAUUAAGCCAGACUAUAAGCAGUAUUGGGAUGUAGAAUUAGGUGUUACCUACAUACCAUGGGGUAAAGUUAAACCUGAAGAUUUGGAAAGCUUUUGUGAAGGAGGAAUGCUGGACAAUGAUACACUUAGUCCAGAAUGGAAAGGAAUUCCAAAAAAACCAGAAAACCAACUAGCCCAGAAUGGAGGGGCUGGAAGUGAUACUGCACAUAAUGAACAAACAUCACCUAUAACUAAAGCUUUGCCUGUCCAAAUGCCUGUACCUAUACCUACACCAAUAACAGUACCACCCCCACAGGUGCCACCACAUCAACCAGGUCCUCCAAUGGUUGGUACCCUUCAGCCGCCUACAUUUACUCCUCCAUUAGGAAUUCCACCUCCUGGAUUUGGUCCUGGAGUGCCUCCUCCACCACCACCACCAUUUAUGCGACCAGGCUUCAAUCCAAUGCAUUUACCACCAGGUUUUCUUCCUCCUGGACCACCACCUCCCAUUAAUCCAUCGGUUUCAGUUCCUCCAGUUUCUGUCCCUCCUUCUGGAGGAGUAAAUAUCCCAAAUUCUACUGUGGCCACUAUAAAUGAAGACACUACAAAAGACUCUUCUAUAGGGAACCCAAUUCCAACAGUAGUUUCUGGAGGUAGAGGAAAUGGUGAAAAUGCAGAAGGCUCCAAAGGAUAUCCAAAUGCUCCACCACCUGUAACUUCUGCUAGUAUAGCAGCUUCUGUAUCCCAACCAGUCCCACUUCUUGGUACUCAAGGAGUUACAUCUAGUCCAGUGAUUGGGCUUCAGACACCUUCUACUGGCCUUCUAGGUGCCCGACCUGGUUUGAUACCACUUCAGAGACCUCCAGGAAUGCCACCACCUCAUCUGCAACGGUUUCCAAUGAUGCCACCUCGGCACAUGCCUCCUCAUAUGAUGCACAGAGGUCCGCCUCCAGGGCCAGGUGGUUUUGGGAUGCCUCCACCUCAUGGGAUGAAGGGCCCUUUCCCACCCCCAGGCCACUUUGCAAGGCCCAGUGGAAUGCCUGGAGGUGGUCCAGGAGGAUCUGAGGAUAAUAGAGAUGGAAGGCAGUUCAGGAAUGACAGGCCACCAUUUACUCCACACAGAGACCAGGAAAGGUUUGGAAGGAGGUCUUUUGGGAAUCGGAUAGAAAAUGAACGUGAACGCUAUGGCAACCGUAAUGAUGACAGAGAGCAUGAACGCCUUGGUAAUCGUGAAAGGAGAGAAUGGGGAAGAAGAAGCCCUGAACGUGAUAGACACAGAGACUUGGAGGAAAGAAAUCGGCGUUUCAGUGGACACAGAGAGAGAGAUUCUAGAGAUAGGGAACCCCAUAGAGAAAAAGAUGAAAAUCGAGGAAAGGAGAAAUCCGAGUUAACAGACAGAGCAGAUGGGGUCAAAAACUAUGAAUCUCAGAGUAGUAAAAUAGAAAACACAGACUCUGUUUCAGAACUUAAUAAAGAGUCUGAACCUAUUGGUAUGAAACCAACUGCAGAAGUAGCAUCUGAGUCUACCUCAUCUCUUGAAAAACCUGAAAAACCUACUGGCUCAGUUGCGGAGGCUCCUCGCUAGAGACUGGAAUUUGUCAAAAAUUACAUUGGAGUGUAGAGCUUUAGAACUGUACAGUAUGCUGUAUAUUUUGCUUUUGCUAUAUCACAAUUCCCUCAUAGUUUAUGGGGACAUGUAAGCAAUUUGAUUGCUUCCCUUCUAUUUAAAAUAGCUACACAAUAACAUGAAAAGAAAUAAACCAUUACCCAUUUUCUGCUGUAACUUUUUUAAAGUUUUCACUUUAAAAAGUUUACAAAUCAGACUUAGAAGUGCUUUCUAUUUUUUUUUUUAAUUUAAGUGAAGGUAAAAUGGUGAAAGCUCCUAAAAAUAGGGAUGUGUUUUUAAUAAACUCUAUUUUCAUAACAAUCCUUAACGUGUGCUAUUCUUCCUAUGCUGCACUGAAGUGGUAAAGAAUUGUUCAACAUCUUAAAGUUUGAACUAAUGCUGUACUGGAGUCUAAAUUAGACUGUUUAAAUCUGUUAAAACUGUUUGUAUAAUAGUUCACAGAAGCUAAAUAUGUGAUAGUUACAUUGAUUUUAAAUUUAUGCAUUUAAUUAACUAGAUAAAAAUUAAUAGCUUUUAAAUGUUUUAAGAAAUCUGGUGUUUGCAGUGAAGUCACUUUUUUUUCCUGGCCAUCCAAUUAAUACCGUGGUAAAUGUUGCCCUAUAAAUAAGUUCCUGGACUUAUGCCAACUCCUGUGGGAAAAAAAUUGUGAUUUAAUCCAUUAGUAUGUUUGGACUUGUUCACGUCCUCCAAAUUACCACUGUAUUUUAAUGUGUCUUGGAAUAGAGUAUAUGAAAGCAAACUACUAAGUUUUUAAAAGGACUUUUGCAUACUUUUGCCAGUAACCAAGCUAUUUAAGCUGGCUGUAUCAUCAUCAUAACUUUGUAGUAAGUGAAAAAAACAAAUAUUAACUCCAUUAGCAAAUGCCAGCAAGCCUUAAGAGUAAUAUACAUUUUAUUCCUUGGUUUAUUCUAUACACAGUGAUACUCUUAUUCGAAAUUGCAGGAAACAGCAAGUACUGAUGCCAUGUUUUUUUUUUCUGUUUUGAUUUGGUGUGUCUUUCAGAUAGCUUGUUAUGCUCACUUAAGGGGAAGUAUAGAUUCUUCUCCCUCCCUCCACUUAAUUUUUGGAAGAUGAAUUGAGGCAAAAUUCUUCUUUGCAAUAGAAUAAAAAAUGACUUUAUAUAUUCUUGUGAAAUUAAUUUGUAAUUUGUGUUGAACUGUUUCCAUACCAUUCUAAAAUUCAUUUAGUAACAGUCCCUAAUUCAGUGAAGAUCAUCGUGUAUAUAUAAAUAGAAAUGAUCAAUACUUGCUUGAAAAAAAAAGUUCAGUGUGUUAAGAUAUAAAAAUUCCAUGCAGCACUCUCACAAAGCUCUCAACUUGUUUGGCCUGCAUUUUGUUCUAGAUCUUGAAACUCUUAAUGGGUUAUAGUCAUUGCUAGUUACCAGAUGGUGAAACAGACUUGUGUGUACAAAACAUAUAUAUAGCCAAAUACAGUGUAGACAGUUUUUAAGACAAGGCCAUUGAUUUGCUCCAACACAGGUAACCACUGCUAACAAUUCUGAUUUCUCUGCCUUUAACAUUCAAAAAAAA